CGACUCGUCUCUCUCGUGUAGCAUUUGCCUCCUAGCAAAGGCGUUCGCGCCGCGCGUGUCUCUUUAUCUAUAAUUAUUAGAAUUAUCAGUUCACACCUACUUAUAUAUUUUUUAUUUUGUUUUAUAAUUAUUUACAUAGAGAUCACAAUGGCUUACCUACAAUCGAUGCCCAAAUCAGAAACCAUCAAGUUGCGCGAAAAGCACAUAGGCGCCGCCUGCCAGUUGUUUUUCCGUUCGACUCCAUUGAAAAUAGUGCGAGGAAUCGCCCAAUUUAUGUAUGACGAAACCGGCGAGAGAUAUCUAGACUGCAUUAACAACGUGGCUCACGUUGGACACUGUCACCCUCAUGUAGUGGAAGCUGGUCGUAACCAGAUGUCAUUAAUAUCAACGAACAAUCGUUACCUCCACGACGAAAUCGUGAUUCUGGCCGAGAGGCUCGUCAAAACUAUGCCGGAAUCACUGUCGGUCUGUUUCUUCGUCAACUCUGGAUCAGAGGCCAACGACCUCGCUUUGAGAUUAGCUAGAGUGCACACUAAAAACAAGGACGUCAUUACACUGGACCACGCUUAUCAUGGCCAUCUUACGUCUAUGAUUGAUGUGUCGCCAUACAAACUGAACCUACCAGGAGGGCCCGAGAAACCAGAGUGGGUUCAUGUGGCACCAGUUCCUGACACGUACAGAGGAAAGUAUGUGCAACCAAGGGAUUCACAUUGCGAUGAAGAGUUGGGACAAAUGUAUGCGGACGAAGUAGGGAGACUUUGUGAAGAAAUUAAGAAGAAAAGCAACGGGGUCUGCGCAUUCAUAGCCGAGAGUCUACAAAGUUGUGGAGGACAAAUAAUACCUCCCGAUGGUUACAUGAAGAGAGUUUACGAGUAUGUUCGAGAAGCGAACGGCGUGUGCAUCGCAGAUGAGGUUCAAGUGGGCUUCGGUCGCGUGGGCACCCACAUGUGGGCGUUCGAGACUCAAGACGUGGUCCCCGACAUCGUGACCGUGGGCAAGCCCAUGGGCAACGGACACCCUGUAGCCGCAGUCAUCACCACUCCAGAGAUCGCGAAGAGCUUUGCCGAUACCGGUGUCGAAUACUUCAAUACGUAUGGCGGCAAUCCCGUAUCAUGCGCCAUCGCCAACGCAGUCCUCGAUGUGAUAGAAGAGGAACACCUAAUAGAGCGCGCGGCGCGCGUGGGCAGUCACUUACUUACGCGUUGCCAGGGGCUCAAACACAAACACAAGCUAGUGGGUGAUGUGCGGGGUCGAGGCCUCUUCGUCGGGGUCGAGCUGGUCACCGACCGGGAGACCAGGACGCCGGCGACGGCGGAGGCGAAACACAUUGUGAACAGGAUGCGGGAAGAAAAGAUUCUUAUUAGCAGAGACGGGCCAGACAGUAAUGUACUGAAAUUUAAACCUCCCAUGGUGUUCAAAACGCAAGAUGCUGACAGAGUAGUUGAUAUACUAGACCGGGUUCUUGCUGAGUUGGAUGGUAACAAUAUACCAAUGAAAGUACAGCUUGAGGUGCGAGUGACUCCAAUAAGAGAUUUGGAAAACAGUGAUCAUCUGUUACCAAGCAGUACUGUACAAAGUGUGAAUGCUGUUUAAUUCUAAGGAACUUCUCAAAAGUAUUAUCGAAUAUAAAGUUUGUAAAUAUAGAUGUGAUAAGAUAUUUUUAAGUUGUACCUAUGUUAUACCUAGUUGAUAUUAAAAAAAAGUUCAUAUUA